AUGAUUGGAGCCAACGUUCCGUCGGCAUCGAUGCCUCUAGAAAUCAAAGCUGGUGACAUCGAGGAACCAUAUGCUAUCCGCUCAAGGCUAGGUUGGCUCGUGUAUGGUAUACAAGCUCAAGAGCAAGCAGAUAUUCACAAAGUCUGUUUUUGUAAACAGGAGGAAGUUUCCAUCAUUCCUAGACAAGAGGAAUUAGAACGGAAAUUCAAGGACUUCUGCAAUAUGGAAUUUACAGAGAGACUAAGUGAUCACAGAGGGGGCCUGUCAGUUGACGACAAGAAUUUCUUGGACAUAAUGGAGAAAUCUAUCACUAAGAAAGACAAUCAUUAUCAGAUAGAUCUGCCCUUAAAGCAGAGAGAUGUGGCUAUGCCUAACAACAAGGACCAAGCUGAAAGAUUUCUGGAAAGACAAGGACAGAAGUUAUCAAAGAACAAGGAAAUCCAUGAACAGUACACCACAUUCAUGAAUGAUCUGGAAAAGCAAGGCUAUGCAGAGAAGGUUCCAGAAGCAGACUUGGACAGACAUGAUGGGAAGGUAUGGUAUAUCCCUCACCAUGGGGUGUAUCAUCCCCAAAAGCCAGGAAAGAUUAGAGUAGACUUCAAUUGUCCUAUCAGCUACAAAGGAAAGUCUCUUAAUCAGGAACUCCUACAAGGACCAGAUCUAACCAACAGAUUACUUGGUGUUCUCCUCAGGUGGAGGAAAGAGAAAGUGGCUAUAAUGGCAGAUAUACAGUCUAUGUUCUAUCAGGUGAAAGUUACACCAGACCAAUGCGACAUGCUGCGUUACUUGUGGUGGCCUAAGGGGGAUAUCUUCAAAGAGCCAGUAGCAUACAGAAAGCUAGUCCAUCUUUUUGGGGCUACAUCUUCUCCCAGUUGUUCGAAUUAUGCCCUGAAAAGAACAGCAAAGGACAAUGAAGGUUGUGCAAAGGAAGAAGUCCUAGAUGCCGUACAGAAAGACUUUUACGUUGAUGAUUUUCUGAAGUCAGUAUCAACACCCCAAGAAGGCAUUGAUCUAGCUGAAUCAUUAAGACAAUUAGUGUUGUCCAAGGGAGGCUUCAAGUUAACCAAAUGGUCAAGCAACAGACGAGAGGUCUUAGAUUCCAUUCCAAAGGAGGAACAUGCCGUUGAAUUGAAGGAUUUGGACUUACAAAGGGAAGUUCUUCCAACUGAACGAGCUCUUGGUGUGAGAUGGGAUCCAGAAAAUGACCAGUUAGGCUUCAAACUGAAAGAAAUGUCAAGAAAGGCUACUCGCCGAAACAUCCUAUCAGUAAUGAGCUCAGUCUAUGAUCCCUUCGGGCUAGCAGCACCAUUCGUUCUGAAGGCUAAGAUAAUUCUGCAAGAAUUGUGCCAAGCUAAAUUGGACUGGGACCAGUCAAUCCCUGAAAAGCAGAAAAUGGACUGGGAACUUGGAUGA